AUGUCAACCGAAGAUUAUGGGGGUACUGUUGCAAACGCCGCAAAGAAGUCCACAAACUCUGCUGAAAGGCGAGCCAACCACAACGCCGUCGAAAGGGCACGACGGGAGUGCCUAAACACCAAAUUCCAGGAACUAGCCCAUGCUCUCCCUUCACUCGCGCAGGUGCGCCGACCUUCUAAAUCCACAAUCGUACAAAAAUCUCUCGAAUUCAUACUCACAACCCGUCAAAAAGAAAGGCGUCAUGAGAGGGAGACGCGACAACUAAUCGAAGAAAACGCUUCUUUCCGUGAGGAAAUAAAUCGCCUACGUGCCGAAUUAGGCUUGGAGCCUCUCCCACCACGCGAGGAAACACAACCAAAAGAUUGUAGUGAUACCAGCGAUAAUAACAGCACUACUACAAACUCACAAACUUCCACAAUGAAGGAGGACAUUGAUGGAAACAAUAGUACAACCAAAUCACCCAUACUAGAGAAGAAGAAUCACGAAGCUGAUGAUAAUACACAAUCCACCGUCAACACUUUACAGCAAUCUACACUCCCAGAGUUAGAUUCUAAUACAGUCAUGGAUAUACAGACAAGCAUGUACACACCUAGAUCGGACGCUACUUCUAGAUCGGACGACGACUGCGGUGGGAAUUCGGAAAGCGAACUCGAUGACAAGCAGUUCGGGAGUGUGGACGAUGGUAUCGAUAGCAGCGAAUGUCUGUAUGAUGACACAACUCAAGGCAUGUUCUAUUUGGAUAACUUCGGUCAGGAGUUUGGCUUUCCAAUGGGUCUGCCCAUGGAUAUUGUUGAUCAUACAGGAAUUGGCUUGGGAUUUGACCAGGAUUUAAGAGAGAUGACCCAAUUCUGCUCUCCGUUCACAACAACCAAAUACUAUCCGUCCCCACCGUACGAAGCCGCGAUGCUCAAUUAUCCUGACAAUAUGGCAGGCUUUACGAUGUCACAGCAGAGUCCGCACAUGUAA